AUGGAGGAACCCCAGGAGCCGAAAGAGCAUGCCAUCGCCACAGCUCCGUAUAGCCACAGGCCCCCCAGUCCUCCCUAUAUACCCAUUCCCAUGACAUUUGCUAAAGGCAACGCUACUUGCGCCUUUACCCCCUCAUUCAACAAUGUCGAUGCCAUGCGCCUUACGAGCGAGGAUCUCAGAAUCAUAACUCGGGACAAGACACAGACUGCCACAGACAGGUCAGUUGGCUGGAACUACGAGGCUCGACGAAAGGCACAGACGCUCCUGGACUUCCUAUAUCUCGGUCCGUUAUCUGUUGCUCGCGACGAAGCUUGGCUUGCCAAGGAGGGAAUCACCAUGGUCAUUGUUACACGACAUGCCAGGGUGGCUCAAGCUCGACUGAUGAGUGUCGACAAGGUAGCGCAGAAGCUCGGCAUACAAGUCGAAUAUUUAGACGUCUUGGACAACUCUGAAUUGAUCCGUGGCUUCCCAGAGGUGGUGAGGAAAAUCAAUGGGCAUUUGAUCGACGUGUAUCGCAGUCAAGUUGUGGGUGCGCAGGAAGGCCGGAUGGCAGUCGAUGAUGAAAGCUUCAGGAGUGGCAAGAUUCUCCUUGUUUGCGAAACUGGAAACGACCGGUCAGCUUUCGUUGCUGCAGCUUACAUCAUGACCAUGUACGGAAAGGAUAUGAUCUCAUCCGUGCAAUUUGUCUCCAUGCAACGAUUCUCCGCCAACUUCGACGAGGAUGGGAAGAGGAUGCUACAAGCAUACGAAGACAUCCUCAAUGCCCAAAGAAGUGUCUCUGAUGUGACCAGAGAUGUUCCUCGAGCCGGCCAGUCGCAAGGAUACACCGGUAGAGGCGGCAAGCGCGGUAUCGAAACAACUCUUGACGACGAGGACAGGCAGGGCGGAGGAUAUGAGACAUUCGCCGCGGAUCGUGAGCGGUACCAGGACAGGGGCAAAUUUGUCCCGUUUCGUGAUCGGGAUACAGUCGCGUAG